AUGGAUUCAAGGCUUGACAAGACAGAGCCAGAGCCAUCUCAGGGCAAGUCCCAGGAGCCUGUGCCAGAGUCAAAGCAAGAGCUGAAGCUGGAUUCAAUGCCAGAUUUAGAGCAAAAGCAGGAAAUAGAGCCAAAGCUACAGUCAGAGAAGGAAGCAGAGCUUAAGUCAGAGCUCAAGCCAGACCAAGAGCCACAGGUCCAACCAGAGCUACAGCACAUGCCAGAGCCAAAGCCAGAGCCAAAGCCAGAGCCAGAGCCAAAGCCAGAGCUGGGCCGUCAUGGCCAUCAUGAGCUCGCCCCUCACUUACCACCACCCAGCGCUGAGGAGAUCGAGGUGGAGUUCUACAGGCUCCUGGUAGAGGCUGGCGGCCGCCCCGUCUAUGACGUUCGCCACCUGUACGAGAUCAUCAUCUACGCCCCUGAGCUCUACCGCAGCAUGAUGGAGCCCUGGCAGGAGCCCGACCCUGUACUCCCAGCCUGGUCAGGCGUCUUUGUGCGCCAGUUCGACCGCUGGAACAAGUUCCGCACCUGGCAGCACGACAAUCGACAGUCCACCGACGACGAUGCCGAUGAUGGCAACCCUGAGGGUGGGCGUACCUGGCACCGCCGCGAGAAGCGCCUGGGCGCUGGAUUCGUCGGCUACACCAACGCCGUCGUCCACCGCCUCGCCCUCCAUGGCUUCGCCUGGCAAGGCCUCCGCCUCCUUCUCGACGCCACCCUGCAGGACCCCCUGACCACCUGGAUCGAGUACGUCAACUUUGAACACUGGUGCUUCGCCCGUGCCAAAAAGACGGUCCUUCUGCUGCGUAAGAAGCACCAGCAGCACCGCCUGCACCAGCAGGCCAUCCGGGACGAACACAUUCGCAGGGCGGAGCAACCACCUUCCCUCGAUGACCUCUCCGAACGCCUUCACCAGGCCGCCAAGGAAAUCGCCGCCGAAAAGAACAUGCGCCAGUGCGAGCGUGUCUCCCGCUGGGCCAUGGACCAGGUCGCCCUGGUCGCCGCCGAGGCAAAGGUCUUGAUCCCACCACCAGCCGUCGAGGAGUUCGAUGACGAGGCCACACCAAGGCCUCGACGGGAGGGCUGCAAGCAGGUCCGGUUCAGCGACGAGGUGUCCUUCAUUGGUGUGCCUACUUGGCUCCAGGCGUGGGCGGACCAGAAAGAGUCCUUGUGUACUGCCUUGGCGGGCGAGAAGUCUACACCUGGUAACGAUGAUAAAACUGAUGAUGAUGAUGAUGAUGAUAGGACUGGGGUGCCAGGCCGCGCGGCGGUCCUUCCGAAACGGCAGGUCACGCCGGUGCAGAACGGCAGGCCAACGAAGCGCCUUCAGGUGGAUUCAUAG